AUGUCCGCCCCCGCCCAGCCGCUCUACCUCGGCCCCUCGGGCGCCCAGCAGCAGCCCCCUUCCCUCCUCUCGUGGAUCUGGACCAACCAGAUCGUCAACCCCGAGCACCGUGAGGGCAACAUUUCCUGGGACGCCGCCGGCAACGAGACUCCACACCCCACCCUGCUUGCCGUGCUCUCGCCUCGUCUUGAAGCUGCUUGCCACCUUGUCGACCAGCUGCUGAAGACGGGGAGGGACGAGACGGACCGAGGCGGGAUACGCGCAGACAAGGCUGCGGGCUCCUGGUCGCUCUCAGCCGGUCUCUUGCGUCCCCGCCUCCACUCUCCUCGUCGCAACGUCGUGACCUACAGGCAACGUGAAAAGCAGGCUGCGGGGAUCGCCCGCGCCGUCGCCCUCUUCGCUGCUGGCGUCAUCUUCGUCCGCUCGGACUGGUCGUCCGCCCUCGUUCCCGUCCUCUAG